AUGUUUGGGGGGUAUACUUCAAAACGAAAUAUAGCAGAAACAUUUAAUAUUGAACCUAAGCAAUUAAGGUAUUGGAUUAGAAAAAAAGAACAGUUGUUGUCAGUAAGACCUCAUAUCAAGCGGCUUAAUAUAGGUGCAAAACCACGAUAUCCAAUAUUGGAAGAUGAACUUUUGCAUGGAAGAAUUCAAUUUAUUGCAUUAUAUCCAAAUAUUUCUGAAUGUAAAUGGGGUGAAAAAUGGUUGGCUGGAUUUAUGCGACACUAUAAACUUAGUAAUCGUCGCCGUACAACAGUAUCGCAAAGAUUACCAGAUGAUUUAAUUGAAAAACAGCAAGAAUUUUAA